AUGGUCAAACCAUCAAUGCCAAUGAUGGCGCGCUUGCGCCUGACCACCAAGCAUACCAGGGGCGGCUACUACAAGGGAAACCGGACGGGCUCCAUGGGUAGCUUUGUGCAGCCAAGCAGCAAAUACGAGGUCGACUGGAACAAGGCGCGCACCUAUGUGGUUCCCACCGAAUCCUUGGACACAUUCAAGCUCACGCCCUUUGUCACGAAACGCAUGGAACCGAAGCGAAGCCGAUACUGGAAGGAUGUCGAGCUGCAUGGACAGACUCGCAGCAUCCCUGCGUCUCUUGGGGGCAAGGAAUUCCUCGACCUAUGGGCCGAUCACAACCAGGAGGAAGUUCUCGAGCCACAGAGAAAGCAGCAAGAAGCCGAAGAAAAUGUCACAGCCGCUGAGGAAAAUGUCGUAGCUGCCGACGAAAAUGUCAAAGCAGCCGAAGAAAAAGCCAAAGCAGCCGAAGAAAAUGUCAAAGCAGCCGACCAAGCAACCAUAGCAGCCAAAGCAGCCCGGGAGACCAUGGGAACCGAACCGUGGAGAGCAGCCAGGAAAGAAGCCAGGAAAGCUAGAAGUGCCGCCUGGAAAGCCAGAAGAGCAGCCUCGAGAGCAGUUCGAGAGGCCCAAGAGGCCAGAGAAGCGGCACAACAAGCUCGAGAAGACAGAGAAGCAGCCCGAUAA